GAGUUUGACUCGACUCGAACGACAACACUAGCGCGCCCUCCCCCAUCACGGUGGAAACCCCCGUUUUCCCACGAUUACGAUUACUUGUAGGCACAGGCGGCCUCCGGCUCUUUACCCUCCCCUUCACGCCUUCCGCACCUCCCUCCCCUUCUCCGCCGAUCCGACUUGUUUACGUUGUUCCUUGUGUACUGUCCUGUCUUAAACAGCUUUUUUCAAGGAAUCCACUCUCGUUUAACAGGAAAUCGCCACUAUGUACGCUCUCAAGGCACUCGUCUUCCUCGCAUCCCUCCUGGUCUUUGUCGAGGCCGGUGAACACCGGGUCAACCGCGGCGCGCACCGUCGCCACCACGCGCGCGGCGCGGGUGUCAACCGUCGCAGCACAUGUCCCAAGCGCACCGUCUCAUCCUCGGCUGUCUCCGCCACCGCCGCCUCCGCCUCGGUGGUAGCCUCCAGCACCCACGUCUCGAGCAGCGCGGUCGCGAGCUCGUCCAAGGCCGCGAGCACGAAGGCCGCUACAAGCAGCGCUGUUUCCUCUUCCAGCAGCCAUGCGUCCUCCACCGCCACCAAGUCGUCGUCCUCGGAGAAGGCGUCGGCGACCUCCAACAGCCUGUCAUCCUCCCUCCUCACCGCCCUGUUCCCCGUGGACACCGUCACCUCCUGGACCACUUCCUCGUCGUCCAAGGACGCGCUCACGCUCUCGGACUCGACGCUCAAGCCGUUCAAGGUGCUCAGCGCGCUGAGUCACAAAUACGUCCAGCAGGACGGUAAGACGGCGAUGCACGCUCACUACCCGAAGGGCUCGUUCAACUUCCAGCACACCCCCCUCGGCGGCAUCUCGUUCUACGCUCCCGGCCCGGACAGCCUCGACAUCACCACCGCCAAGGAGCUCACCUUCGGCUACUCGGUCUUCUUCGACAGCGACUUCGACUUCAACAAGGGCGGUAAACUUCCCGGUAUCUACGGCGGCAACAGCGCGGACAAGGCCAUCUCUUGCUCCGGUGGCCGGCGGGACGACGCCUGCUUCAGUGCUCGUCUCAUGUGGCGCACGGACGGCGCGGGUGAGAUGUAUACCUACCUCCCGCCCUCGUACAGCGCCAACGACAACGUCUGCAACGUCGCUCCGUUCUCCGAGUGCAACCCGACCUAUGGCGCCUCGGUCGGCCGUGGCUCCUUCAAGUUCAACAAGGGCGACUGGACGACCGUCUCCGAGCGCAUCAAGCUCAACGACGUCGGCAAGGAGAACGGCGAGCUCGAGCUCUUCGUCGGCGGCAAGAGCGUUCUCUCUGCCACCGGCCUCGUCCUCCGUGACUCGUCGGCGGGCGUCAUGAGGGGUAUCCAGAUGCAGACUUUCUUCGGAGGUUCGGACAGCUCUUGGGCGUCUCCCAAGGACCAGGACGUGUACUUUGCAGACUUCUCGAUGGCCAUCACCGAGAAGCUCUGAGGCAUCUCCGGUUUCACGAGCAUACGACACGGACCGACGUUCUCGACUCUUCACCGGCUCCAACCUCUCUCGUUGGCCGCCCGUUCUCGCUCUUCCAAUAGCACCACACUCGCUCAACAACACCGCAACAUAUCAACGCAUCUUUCAUCAAUGUGUAUAUAUCCCCUCUGCAUUUACCGGUUCCAAUCUCACGAUGAGAAUAACGGGUUGUGAUCAUCUUAUUUCAUACUUUAAUGCUGCGACGUCCACUCGGCCAUCGGACGGGUCCUGUGCAUGGGACGUCAGGGACUGCGGGUCGGCGCGAUGGAGUCACGCUGCUUGGUCCUUCUAGCAUAUAGCCUUAUAGAUGUACUCGAUGUCUCUAUAGGCCACCAGUCGAUCUGGAAUAUCAUUGCCUUGAAC